GGAAGUGUAGAUCACCGAUCGGUUGGUUUGAUGUUGGGGAGACUGAGUUGAUUGGCCCAGAUGUGGUCCAGCAGGCCGUGGAUAAGGUGAAACGUAUUCGAGAAAGAUUGUUGGCAGCCCAGAGCCGACAGAAAUCUUAUGCCGAUAAGCGACGUCGACCGUUAGAGUUUCAGAUUGGCGAUUGGGUGUUCCUGAAAGUGUCACCGAUGAAAGGUGUUAUGCGAUUUGGCAAGAAAGGAAAGCUCAGUCCGAGAUAUAUUGGGCCUUAUCUGAUUAUUCGCAAAAUAGGCAAGGUGGCCUACGAAUUGGAUUUGCCAGCUGACUUGGGAGCGGUUCACCCGGUAUUCCAUGUUUCCAUGCUUCGUAAGUGUAUUGGUGACCCUUCCAGAAUUUUUCCUUCAGAUGAGAUACAGGUCACAGAGGAGCUAUCUUACGAGGAGCAGCCUAUAGUCAUAUUGGAUCGUCAGGUGAGAAAGUUGCGGAAUAAAGAUGUGGCCUCGGUUAAAGUGCUGUGGCGGAAUAAUAACCGCGAAGAAAUGACCUGGGAGGCUGAGGAGCAGAUGAAGGAAAAGUAUCCUCACUUAUUCCCAGUACCUUCAGACCUUGGGCAGCCCGAAUCAUAGUUUGGACUUAGCUUGAGUUGGAUCAUAUUGGAGAGCGUUUGAGGUACAGACGCACAGCCUGGUGAUCCACCUGUUUAGGACACCCUUUCUGCUAUUCGGAGUGCUCCUCUCUUUCCGGAGCUUAUACUUUUGGUAUAUAUAUUUAUUAGUGCAUUUGUAUAUAUUCGUUCAUGGGUACGGCGGGGCCCUGUCCCGUCAUAUGAUUAUGUCGGUCUGUUUAGAGGUCUGUGGACAUGUUUGUGGGUUAGGGUCUUUCUGUAUGGAUGUAUGUACAUGUCGUUUGGGCGAUCCCAUACGCCGAGGCGGCCGGUCCGCAUAUGUUGUUUGGGCGAUCCUAUACGCCGAGGCGGCCGGUCCGCAUAUGUUUAUAUAUUGCUUGGUUAGCCCUGUGUGGCUUUUGUUGGUAUUUUCUGCGUGCAGGGUAUAUUGGAUAGUCCGUAAAACAAAGGAAACUCUGCCGAAAUUUUCUG